AUGUACAGUGGAGGUGCCUCUUUCGGCAGCGUCUCCAAAGAUGAGACGCAGUUCGACAUCUCCGACAUUUUCGUCUGCUCGGAAUCUUCUAGAAAGCAUCAGCACCCUGCAGACUUGGUCCUGCUCUCUCAGGCGUCGGACGAUAUUGUAACCGAUGAUCACGAGGCGAUCAAAUCUCAGAACGCGAGAACAACAUUCACACACCACGACCAGCAUACCCUUCUCGGAGCUACAGAAUGCAUCAAAUUCCGCGUGAUUGCUCUUGAAAAGAGAGUUGGUUUUGUUGUGCACCCAUCCCAUCCUAUCCAUCUCGCUGAUUCUUUCGAGAUCCCAUCUCUUCGUCUGGCCAUUUUUUGUCUCCGUCCUUUGCACCAAAAACUCAUCGGCAUCAUCAACUGCUACUCACCAACAGCAGCUGAUGAAUCCGAAUUGGGCGCCUUUUAUGAGGAAUCAGAGGAAGUGGUCCGCAACGAGAAGUCCUUCUACAUAUUCGUUAUUGCAGAUUCCAGCGUAAGGCUAGGAAAGGCCAUAGAGGAAUACGGGAUUGAAAGAUUUGAAUUAGUGAACCGCAGUGAAAAUAGCAAUGAAACAAUCAAAAGCAAUCAUCUUUUCGAACUGAGGUGUGCUACUCGCCUUUUUAUGGAAAUUCUCGUGCCACGAAGGAAUAUUAUCGUCGGUGGGCAUGGGAAUGGCCCAACGGCACGACUCUUGCGGAGAUUGACCACAUGCUUAACAACCGGUGCUGCUGUUUAA